CGAAACAAUAUUCUCAAGAGAUGCUUUCGGUUACCAUUGCCUCGAUUUGUUUAGGAUUUGGACUCUGGACACAAGCCCAUGCAGAGCAUUGUGUGGACGUGUAUGACUGCCACCAUACAAUAUGCAGCGGUGACAACCAGCGAGGAGCGUGUGUCCAUCACGCAUGCACGUGUGAGGACCCCUGUUUACCCAGUCCGUGCUCACACGAAGAAUGUUCCCGAACCAAUGUGUACCCGUUCUACCACUGUACGGGGGUGUGUGAAUCCUCACCAUGUCAACAUGGCGGUUCUUGCGUCAGGACAAACAGUGGACGUCAGUACCAAUGUCAGUGUGCAACCGGGUUUACGGGCACUAACUGUGAAAGUAGACUGGACACCCACCCGUGCCUCGCCCACCCUGGCCCGUGCGAAGCCCACCAGACAUGCCUAACUACCCAUUUGUUCCCAUACUACCAAUGUCAAGUAACUGGCUUCCACUGA